CACGAGUCCACUGAGUACACACGGUUUGGACAAAUGUAAAUGAACAUUUAUACCGCAGGCUGAAAUGAGGGGUUACCUCAAAACUUUAAACUGGGUUUUUAAACUUAAGACUAAGAGAACAACUAUAGGAAAACACAAAGACUCUGAUCUCUGUCUACAGAAUGGUGGGGUGGAUGAGUGUCAUGCCACCAUUGACUGGUGUGAAGCAGAGAGCUGCUACUACAUUAGUGACCUGAACUCUGCCCAUGGCACCUAUGUCAAUGACUGCCGCAUACACAAUGCCACUGUGCGUCUCUCUCCGGGAGACCAGCUUCACUUUGGCUAUGGAGGAUCAGCCUAUGAGCUCAGCAUCGACAGCGAGAAACCGUUUCCUAUCCUGGCUGCCCGAUCUGUCACUCCCCAAGCCUGGAUACAAACUCAGACAUCUUCAAUUAAACCCCACCCUCCCACCAGAACUCGCCCUAUGAGUGCGGGGGCCAAACAGGUUCCAAUUACACCUGAUCGCAAGACCCAUUCUAACAGACCAGGGAGUUGGAGUGGUAACACAGAAAGAAGUUGUUACCUCAGAAACAAGACUCCACCUCACCACACUCCAAACAUUUACAUCUUGCCAGUGGAGGUGGAAAGGUCACACCGUCCGUUAGAGGGAUGCGGUGCCGUGUCUGUGUGUCUUGAAGACGAGUCCCCAAAAAAGGAUGAUGUGAUUGCCGGCCUAAAGAAAGAAGUGUCGGCUCUUAAACUCCAGCUAUCUCAUAAGAAGCAAACUGAUCCAGAGGUCACACACCGACUGUGCUGCCUGGAGAGUGACAUCAAAGAAAAGAAAGAACAGAUACAACAGUUGAAGGAACAGAUGCUGGAGCUUCAGGCGUGUUCUGGAGAGAUGUUGGGACAGGCUGUGACAGAAAGAGACCAGAAGAUCAGUAGUCUGUCAGUACAGCUGGAUAAACUAAAGAGUGAAAAUAAAUCCUCUAAAGCAAUGGUUAGCAGUUUACAGAAAGAUCUGACCGCUCGUGAGAAACAGGCUCUCAAUCUAGCAGCUGAGGUGGAUAAACUCAGAGAGAAUGUAAGACACAAAGAUGCCAAGCUCACAAGCACGAUGGACAAGUUGAAAGAAGCUCAGAAGCAUCAACAUGAACUUCUGUCCAAGCAAAACAUCAUAGAAUCCCUCGAGAAGGAACAAGCUUCUCUGCUGAAGGAGAUGGACAGACUGAAGCACCUUCAUCAGCAAACACAGCAGAGAGAACUGAGAAUCCAAGCAGAGCUCAAACAUACACAGUCAAGGCUUGACAGUUUUCACAAGCAGAUUGUCAAGGCUGCGCACUUCAACUCUGAGAAGGAAUCAGACCAAGAGGUGUUGGGCUGUUUUUCAAAAUUAAUGGAACAGAUGGAAACGUACAAAUCCAAGCUGCACGACUGUGAUACGAAACUCGAAGAGGAAACUCGUGCACAGCGAAAAAUGUUGGAUGAGACCCAGAUGUUUAGAGCAAAACUGGAGGAAUGUCAGAAUCAUGUACAAGACACAUGCAUGGCAGAUACGGUGCAUAUGGAAAUAUCUGCCCUGCAGGGCAUGAAUCUGAGUCCUGCACUCAGCUGGGUUCAGGCGCAUUCGCUCUCUGUACUUAACCUCCUGCAUGCACUGCUGCAUAAAGCCGCUCAGAGGCUACAGACAACAGGGAUAGAUGUGUCAGUGAAGACUGGAGGAGUUUUAGGUGCCUUACAGAUUUUGUCCCAGGAGCACAAAGACAACCAGUCUGAACUCAGGAAUCUAAAGGCAGAGAUACAAAAGCUUCAGGACAGAGAUAUGCAAAACAGAGAUCUUCAGAACAAACUGGACUUCAUGCAGAAGCAGUCUGAGACGGACAAACUACAGGCAGCCGAGAGAGAGAAUGAAAUUAAAAACACAAUGACACAGCAUCUGGAAGAGGUGAAAGAUGAUCUCAUGUCAGUCAGAAAAACCGAAGAUGCCUUGCGCUUGGAGAUUGAGACAUGCAAGGCCGAGUGGCAAUCCAAGAUGGAAGAAGCCAAGGUACGAGAGACGGAGCUGAAAGAAAAGAUUAGUGAAUUACAGCUCAGAGAGGAGGAGAAGAACGAGAGAAUGAGACAGUGUGAGGAGAGAGAGAUGAGAGCACUUCAGAGAGGAGCUGAAGAGGAGAGAGAGAUACACAGGGUUGAGGUGGAGGAGUACAGAGAACAGGUGCGACAGCAUGCAUACACCAUUAUUGCCAUGGAGAAACAAAUAAACAAAGCCCAGCAGAGUGAGGAUAGAUGGAGAGAAAUGGAGAAGGAAAGAGACUCACUUGAGGAGCAGCUUAAAGAGACACUUAAAAAACUUGAGGACUUUGAAAGCAACAACACAUCAUACAUAACGGAGAAAGAACAGAAAUUAGAACGGACCAUAACAUCCCUUAGGGCAUCUUUGGUUGCAUCCCAACAGGAAGUGGCCGGUCAGAGUGAGAUCAUUAAUGCUUUAAGUCGUGAUCUGGCCCAGGCCAAUGCUCGCCUCUCUGACAUGUCAGGCGAGCUGAGUGAACAACAGAAGAUAGAGUUGGAGACUCACAGAGCUUUAGUGUUGGACCAGAGGAUUCAGCUGAGCACACUCACACAGAAGCUCACCGCAAUGUCACAGCUGGUGGAACAGAAAGAUGAAGAGAUAAAAAAGCUGGCAGAAAAACUGAAACAAACAGAGGAGGAUCUGAGAAGAACAGCAGCAAACACAGAGCUCGAGAACUCGAGCCUUCAGACAACAAGGACCACUAGAGAUGUGGCACUCAUGACAGCUCCUAAUGAUGUCAUCAAUCAGGGUUCAAAACACAAAGGUCUUCGCCGUGAGGAAAUGAUCCUUCAGCAGCAGGAAGGUUUGCGUGAUGUGAAGGAACGAAUAAGCGCUCUACAAAAGAAGUGGCCCAGCACACGUCAGCAGGGGGUGCCAGAGAGGCGGGGUCAGAUGAAGACUCAGAAGCUUCAAAGAUCUGCAACCCGAAAAGGAUCCAACAGUUCUGUGAGCGGUUUUGCGUUCCCUGAAGCUCUGACCGAAGCAGCACGAGAACGUACAGCCAGACUAGACAUGUCUGAUGCUCUGGAGCUGAGUGAAAAGACAUACUUGGAGCUAGCACGGGUGCUGCGUGAGGCUCUGGAGCUAAGCGAGGGUGAGCUGUCAGGCUCUGCUAGUUUAAAGCACCUGCCCCCUGAUGAGAGACUGCACAUAUUCUCUCAGAGACAAACAGACCUGGAGUUUCUAAGAAGCCGCCUUGAUCUACAGAACACCCACAGCCAACAGCAAGACCUUCUGCUGGAAGAGAACCAGAGAGAGAUAAACACACUCAGAGAGAGCCUGAUGUUGGGACAUCAGAUGCAAGCUGAGCUUGCGAGUAUGAAGGCAGAGCUGGAAACCCAGAGACAAGAGUCUGAGCGGCUUCGACAGACUCUCCAGGACCAUAUCGACCAGCUGCAGAGAAACCAGCAGCAACACAGUGUUGCCAUCAGAAAUAACCAGGGUUUGAACUUGGAGAGAACAAACAGAAAGACUGUUAGAGUGGGCCAUCUCAAUUGUAUACCGAAUGAAAGCUAUAAAAAGACCCCAGCGUUAAAGAAACAGUCCUCAAAGGGGCGGAUGGAAAAUAGAGGAAGUGCGGUAGAGACCCCGAAGCAAGAACUGUUGAAAGAGCAUCAGAUCUGUUUGAUGGUCUCUGAUUUAGCCAGUCCUCUACAGGUCCCAGAGGGUUCCCGACUACCCCUGCUCACCGAGGCCCACUGACAUGGACACCUAUUGUAUGAUCAAACAACCACAAAUUUAAUUACACUUGAGAGAACAGGUGUGGGUUAUUAAGGAAAAUGCUUUUUUUGCCAAAGAGAUAUCCUAUUAUACACAACAUUGAUAAGACAUACUGUUAUAGUAUUUCGCAAUUAUACACAUUUGAUCUGAUUUGAUCUGUAUUAGCACUUAUUGCACUGCAUAUAAUGAUUUAUCACAACAUAGUUCCAAGUUUAAAUAGACAGCUGAACAUAUACACAUUAAGGUUAAAAAUGUCAUAAGUGACAAUUUAGUAUUAUUUUUUUGUGGUUUAUUAAUGUGUUAUGUUUAUAUAGCCUAUAAAAAUGAGUGCACUUGAAAGUGUGAAAUUGGCCAUCAGCCAAUCAAUGACUGGCUGUUAUUUUUCUGUGGCUCCAAAGCAUUCUCCAGGAAUUAUAGACACCUUGGUUGAGUGUUGCAAUAUCUCUCACUUUUGAGUGGUCCGAUGUUACCACAACAGUACAUGAUGGUAUACUAUCUCUUUCAUUGUAUAUGUCUGACAUUGUAUCAAUGACGUCAAUUAACAAAUCUUUGCAUGUGUCAUUUAAAAGACCCCAGUCAUCAAAACUGACUACAAAAAUCAGGUGUUUAAUAACAGAGCCGUAGAUUAAACUCAUCCAUACUUGAAAUCUUUUCCAAGUUGUUCUCUUCAUAUAGUUCCUUCUGAGCGUGGAUUGUCUUUUUGUUCCUCACAUCUGCUCCUAAUUUACAGAGCCAUCUGACAUCAGGAUAGAGAUGCUGAGUAAAGUGUGAUAUAUUACGUUAAUUAAAUUCACUGAGUGUUGUGGAGACGGCCAUCGGGAGCGGGUUUAUCCGUUUGUCUGAGUUACUGUCACACAAUUGUGUUUGCUUGUUGGGGAUACAGAAGAAUAGCAGAUGAGGGACAACAUAACAAACAGUUUUCAAUAAAAGAAUGCUCAUGAAAAUGAUCGUUAAAUAAUCAUUACACACGCAGAUAAGACCGUGUUACACAUUUUGAAGUGCCCAAUUUGCAUUAUCUAUAUUUGUUGUCUUUUUCUCUGACCGUACAAUCAGAUUACGAGCAAAAUUCCAGUGAGCUUUGUAAUAUUUGAAACAAUCCUCCUCUUCCUCAUUACCGUGGAUCAUUAUAUGCAGUGGGUGGAUGUGUUCCA